GACGUUUUGUCAGUCGAGUUGUGUCUUUCCUUUCGUCCGGGUGUGAACGAUUUUUCUCCUGCGUGUGAAUUUAAAUCGCAUUUUGCGUGCCGCGACAAAUCAUUCAUUAACCGGAAAUGGCCACACGAAAACGAUCCGGUUCCGGUUCCAAGCGCCCGAAGGAAAAGGUCGUUUACAUCUACGAGCUUUUGCUGCACGGAGCAAACGCGGAUCAAAACAAACAGAACUUCUGGGACGAGUUUUUCUUGCUUCAGCCAAACACGGAAGCCUUCGAGUCGGAGCUGCAAAAAUUGGAUUCGUCAAAGCUUUGUGCGGCCAAAUCAAACCUUCUGCUUCUGCUGGAGAAAUGUGUGGAUAUUAUGGACGUGAAUGAUGUCAAAAGAACUCACAAUGCCCUGAUUACGCUUAGCAUCCUUACUUAUACGAUGUUUAAAAAGUACAGCAAUUCCGAAGAUGGAAGCGUCGAAAAUAUGUUUGCCGAGUUUCGACUUUGCGACGUGGAAGAACAUAUCAAAAAGUUGGUGGAGAAAAUCAAGGAACUGAUCAUCUGCGAUAACUCGGACACGUUGCGGUUCUACUGCCUCAAGCUGCUGUUUAUUGUCGGUUCCGGGACGGACAAUUUGGACGAUAAUCUGCUGCUCGAGUACAUCAUGUCGAACAAUUUGUUCGACUCUCUGAAAAAGGUUCUGAGCGAUUCGACGGCACGGCUGGAACACGGACACGAUAUCGUGAUUCUGUUGGCACUUUUGGUUAACUACCGAAAGCAUGAUGCUACAAAUCCAUACGUUGUAAAAUUGUCUCUGCUGGACGACGAACUUGCGCUUCACGGCUUUGGACACGUGAUAUCUGCCACAUUGUUCGAAUUCAUUAAACAACAAACUACAAACGUACUAGCAGUACAAAACAACUCUUGGAUAAGUUCGCUAUCCUCGAUGGUAGGAAACAUGUUCCUCUCUGACGAAGUGGACGAAAAGAUGUAUCAAAUCAGACAAAAUAAUGCCUUGCUGUUAGCACUGUACGAAGCAGUGCAUUUGAACAGAAACUUUAUCACUACAUUGGCCACCACUCAAGCAGAGUCAAGUUCGCCGCCCUCGCCGUCAAACACCCUCAAUAGUCAUCAUUCCAUCAGCGACCUCUCGUCAGCGCCUAUCAUCGACGUGACGCAGUAUCCAACGAAUUUACUAGUGGCCGUAUUUCAGUACUGCUCGGUUGUUAUGAUGGAUCAUAAGAACGAAUCGAGUGCCGUAAAUCUGAAGCUGUGUUUCAUAAUCCUAACAUGCAUAUCGGAGGAUCAAUAUGCCAAUUCGAUGAUGCAUGACUCGAACCUGACAUUCAAGAUAUUCCUCCACAGAGCACACAUGCGCCAUAGAAAAGCGACCACUGACCGAGCCUCGCGGCCACAACCACUAGCUGCAACAUUAUUAGAUUUGCUUGUUGAGUUUAUUGUUUCCCACUUUAUGAAAAAGUUUCCAAUGGAGUUGUACUUGCUGUGCACCGGAAUCAUACAUCGCGUUAUCGUCUAUCAAAAGCGCUGCCGCGUACGACUUAUAUAUCCUUGGAAGGAACUGUGGACGGCCCUAAUAAGUCUACUUAAGUUUAUCGUUUAUCAGGAGCAAACGUUAGUUAAAAAGUGUAACAUAUUUCAUCUAGCUAUUCAGGUUGUUAAUAUCUUCAAUCUUUUUAUCACAUAUGGUGAUACCUUUUUGGCAACUACCAGUAGCUACGAUGAGCUGUAUUACGAACUGAACAGGGAAGAGAAAGUAUUUAGUGAGAUUCACGCUAUGGUUCUACGGUAUACCACGAUUGAAGAGUGCGAAUACAAAGAAGAUGUAUUUAAGCUUUUGAAUUCGAUGGUGAAUAUUUUGGCAAUCAUCAAGCAUUUUCAGAUAAAAAUCAAAGAGUGGCUAUCUGCUGAAUCUUUAUCCACCCCAACGGAGGAGCAAAUAUUGGCCCAAAUACAGAAAAACUACGAUCUAACCUUGAAGCUGCAGGACUCCUUGGAGUUUUUCGAAAGGUACACGGAAAAACCACAUGAUCUAUUUUUCCGAAAUUUGGUAAAGGAUGUAGUCAUUGAUACUCGAAAAUCAGUGUAUAACGUGAUAAAGAACUAUAACGCCAACAAAUCAAAAGAAAUUUACGAACAAUAAUUUUCCGUUUUAUUUUUAUUGUGAUCCGAAAUCUC